UGUCAUCGCGUUUCUGAAUAGGUCACUACAAAAUAACAAAAUAAGCAAAGCCUGUAGGUGUACUGGUGCAUGAGCUAGAGCAAGGAACAGUUUUGGCCGUACCUAUUCUCCCGAUCCACGAUCUUUGACAGUUGGUCAAUGACUACUGGUCAAUGUUAGGCCUACUUUGUUGGCGAUACCGUCGAAAAUGGCGUGUUGUGCUGCUGGUUGUGGACAUAGAUCAGGUUCUGGCUGUCACUUUUAUAAUUUCCCAUCGCCAAAUGAUGGGCCAGAUUGGAAAAAGUGGCACGAUCUGUGGGUUCUGCGUAUCAACAGAGUGAACCUGGAUGGGAGUCCGUGGCGACCUGACACUGCCCAUACAAAGUUGUGCAGUUGCCAUUUCAGACCUGAAGAUCAGUGGGAUCCGAAGUCUCGUAAGGGAGGCCUGAAAUGCAAAGAGCCUGUGUAUUUUGACCACCAGCCCAUACCAGCCUCUUCUCCGCCAGGACACCUACAACAAGCCAGUAACGGUGUAUGCAUAGAUACCAUUUCUGAAGAGUGUGGUCUCAAGCGGCCUUGGUUUGUUGCGAGUUCCCACAACGCACCUGUAGAGAGCAACUUAAGACCAGCAUCUAAAAGGAAGACACUGCAGUCUCAUCCAGGAAGAAAACAGAAAGGCAUUUCACUAUUCAGAUCUCCAAGAAUGCCACGACUGAAGGUCAAAGACUAUUUCGAAAGACAAUAUGAAGCAGCCUCUCUGACCCAUGAAUCCUCUACGACUGGUUCAAGCACCUCUCAACCAACUCCCAGCAAACAGCAGUAUUUUAAUCCCAACGUUGAGUUACCCAGCACACAAUGUAGUACAAGUACAAGUAAUAAUAAACAAGAAGAUACUGGGAAUCAGCAGGUCAUGAUGGAUCCUGAUGUCUGUGAGGUUAUAGAAGUGAUAGACUCGGAUGACAGCAGCCAAGACAUUAGCUCACAUAGUUACCUCAUCCAUCAGGAGGGUGUAAAAAAUGAAGAAGUUGACACGUCAGAUGAUUUUGUUCCCAUUGCCAGAGUGAUAUGCUCGCAACAGACUACCUCACCAGUAAACGUUAAACUUGAGACCAAUGACAGUCACUUGUCUGAUGAUGGCUUUCUUGGAUAUGAUGGGGAAGUCACUCCACAAAUCGUCAGUGUAAAUCCUCUGUCUGUCGAUGUAAAUCAAGACCAAAUCCAUGAUCAGCAGUUGUCAGAGUUGGCUCAAUUUGUCAGGAAAGAAUGUCAUGAUGACACCCAAAAAGAAAGCCCAGAGGUUGUUCUCCCAAGCAAUAAAACUCCAAGGGCUAAAAUUUCCAAUGUGAAACCAAUUAGAGUUGUCAGUUGUAAAAGUCUUGCCUCUGAUACAAAUUUUCACCUGGAUGCCUCUUCCCAGGCUUCUGUUAGCAGGGAAGAAGCGGUGAAUGUCAAUAAAGAUAAUUCCUCUGAAACCAUGUACAGGGAAAUGUUUAAUAAACUCAUGACUCCUGGGUCCCGUUUUCCCCAAGAUGUGGUUCAGACAGGAACUUCUCUGGAAACUGAAGUGGAUAUUGUUAAUAUGCUCUGUGAUCAUCAGAGACCACCAGAGAAGGCCGACAUGAAAUUGACUCAGGCUGUGGACAGGAUCAAGGAACUUGAAAAAGCCCUCUGUGAGCAGAGGUUUGGUCUGCACCGUUACUAUGGGUCCGAUGAGAAAAUCAUGUUUUACACUGGUUUCAGGUCCGCUGACACAUUGAUGCGAUUCUUCUGGCGCAUCGAACCUGAUGAUCUGACGUCUGAGAGGUCUAACAAGUGGCAGGAUGCCCAGACAUUUGCAACAGAGACCCUUCACUUAUGUGGGAGUAGUGGGGACUUCUCAGGGAAGGUAAUUCCAUACAUGGAUGAGCUCUUCCUUUUCUUGUGUCAUGUAUGGUUGGGUCUUCCCCCAAAAGAUCUGGUAGAAAGGUUUGCAUUACCUAACACAGAUUGUGCCCAGUUUAUCAUACUACGGUGGAUAUAUUACCUAAAAGCCACUCUUCCGGGCACAUUAGAAGGCACAAAGAGCAACUCAACUCCCUCAAACUCUGUCAGGUUCCAGGGCCAGUACAGAAAUACGAAACUCUUCCUCCACCGCAUGGAAAUCAAGGUUCAACAGAAGUCUGUAAUGAAUCACUUGAGCUCCUUGAAACUCCACGGCCUGGUAGGGUUCUCCCCAUCUGGUGAGGUAACCUUUUCAUCGGAUGUUGCGUCGGUUGUUACCUCGAACAGUGACCUUCUUAAGGUAAGUGGGGUACUGACACUGCUGGAGCCUGGAGAUGGAGUCUUAGCAGAAGGUGACAUUGCGAUGGACAGUCUUUCUUCAAUGGGCAUUACAGCGCACUGCCUUCCAUCCUUGGAUUUCCCACAUGAUCCGACAUACCUUCAGCUUGGCUCAUCUAGCAGAGACUCUCACAAGUGCCACACUGAAGUAGCUCGGCUUCUCUCUGCAAAAUAUGUGGAUAGUCUGUCAGGCUUCAGGUGUUUCCAUAGCGUGGUGGUGUUUCCCUUUGCACACUGUGUCAGGGAUCUCUGGGAGGUAUGUUGUCGACUUGUAAAUUACCAACGAGGGCAUCGGUCAUUGUGAUGAUCUGUAUUAAAGUUAUCUACCUACCAUCUCUGCAUAUGAAGGAGCUUUCAUCUUCAACUUGAAAUCCUGAAAUAUAAAUUACUUAAGCAUUACACCAAAACUAUCUUCAUUUGGCGAUCCCUGUCCUUCCAAUGUUUGCCAACAGAAUUGGCAACUGCUGAUUUUUCUGCAGUAAGGCUAAUUUUAGCCAGAAUCAUGGAAGGAUGCUGCAUGUUGUUGUUGUUGGAAAUGUGGUUUUUUUUUUUACUACCCUGGUAUACCUAUUUUUUUGUUAUGAUGUCCCAUAAGAAUCUACACAACCUCACAUCCUCAUUCACUUGUUCCAUCCUGUCUCAACCAAGACCGUUAGUACAGGUUGAUAAAUUCCUAUGCAGAGUUUUUAUAAAAAUGCAAAGGAUACAGGGUGCAAAUACGAGUGGAAAUAUUGCGAGCAUAAAGAACAAUCUGUAUGCAUCAUGUCAGUGGUUUGUAUUAAGUCACAGAGUUCCAUUCUUACCUUUAGCAUUUCAUGAGGCCACUCUCAAAUUAGCCUGCAUUUCGCUUGCCCCACGGCACUCUGUCCAAAAGGCGCUGGUUACCUCAUUUCUUUGAGCUCUCAUUGGAUGCAUUUUGUCUAACUGAUGACCCAUGGGGUCAACCAUGUUGAUUUCUCAUUGGAGGAAUUGUGUUAACUCGGUGACCAAGUCAACACCUCCCUAUGUGCAUGAUGACACCUGAAUAUGGAGUGUAGGCCUAAGUACAUUUUAAUAUGCUUUGCAUAUUUGUCAUGUUGAGUUGUGGAAUAGAUUUGAUAAUGACUAAAAGAUUCUUCAUGUCACACAUCUCAGCAGGUAUGCUACAUGGUAGGCUAGGGGUUGAUAUUCAUACAACUUCCUUUACUGAGAACAUGCUCCAAAAAUAUAUAUCCUCCACGUGGCAACUUCCAAGCAGUUUUUGUUUUAUUUUGUCAAGUAUUAGACAGGUGAAGUGUAAAUUUAAGCACAUAACCUUUAGAGUGAUUACAAACGAAGCGGAAUUCGUUCAAGAUGGUUUUCCAGCGAGAAUGCAAACUUUGUUUUCACUUUAGUGAAUUGUCGAUCGAUCAGUUGUUAGGACAAUCUUCAUUUGAGAAACAGCAAAAGCUUAGUGCAUGAGUCCUGUGAAUAUCACUGCAAUAACAAGGGCAAAAUCUAGCUACUCCUUACAAUGAUUCUGAAAAGGUAGUGCUGGAGUGGAAUAAAUAAAUACGUUUAUAAGGAAAGUAAACCUUGUCCAAGCUUAAUUUCUAUUAAAUAUCAAUGCUUUUUAACUUUUAUCUACGGUUUUAAUUUUCCAAAACUCACCGAGCCUAGCUUUGAAGUUUUAAAUCUGGAAACUAACUGGGGACUUCAAACCCCAAAAGAAGCCUACAAAAGACAUAGUGACGACUACAACCUGGGGCGUGCUUUCGCGACCGCGACCAGAAACAUGUUUGUGAGGUCAAAUUGAUUACCAGAAACAUGUUUACACAUGCGCACAAAAACGCUGAACCGAAAA